GGAGGGGGCGCGUGUUUGUAAAGUUUGGGGGAAGUGGAGACUGAGACAGAGAGAGAGAGACAGGUUCAACAAAGUUUACUGAAUACUUUAUAGUCUCUGCUGCACAGCUGCCCGACACACCGAGGGACAGACUGAGGGACACACCGAGGGACAGACUGAGGGACACACUGAGGGACAGACUGAGGGACACACCGAGGGACAGACUGAGGGACAGACUGAGGGACAGACCGAGGGACACACCGAGGGACACACUGAGGGACAGACUGAGGGACAGACUGAGGGACAGACUGAGGGACACACCGAGGGACACACUGAGGGACAGACUGAGGGACAGACCGAGGGACAGACUGAGGGACACACUGAGAGACACACCGAGGGACAGACUGAGGGACAGACUGAGAGACACACUGAGAGACAGAGAGGCAGACAGAGACAGGCAGGAGAGAGGAGCUCCGAUAUCCUGACGGAGACACCGGGAGGUCGCAGUGCUCCAAGCCGGACCAGGGUGCGCGACCGGCGGCAUGAAGGUGGAGUUCGCCCCGCUGAACAUCCCGCUGCGGAGGAGACUGCAGACCGCCGCGACUCUGCAGUGGGUCUUCUCCUUCCUGGCUCUAGCUCAAUGCUGUCUCGCUGCCUUCGUCCUCCUGGCUCUCUCUGAUUGGUGGAUGCUGGCUGUCCUCUAUGCUGGUUGGCUGUGGUUGGACUGGGACACUCCGUCCUCUGGAGGUCGAAGGUCACACUGGGUCAGGAGCUGGAGCGUCUGGGACUACUUCAGGGACUACUUCCCUCUGUCGCUGGUGAAAACUGUCGAUCUGGAUCCAAAGAAAAACUACAUCUUUGGUUUUCAUCCACACGGUGUGCUGGUGGCGGGGGCCUUUGGGAACUUCUGCACGGAGGCGACAGGUUUCUCUCGUCUGUUUCCUGGACUGACGUCUCACCUGCUGAUGCUGCCGUUCUGGUUCAGAGUCCCCUUCUUCAGAGACUACAUCAUGUGUGGAGGCCUGGUGUCCUCCUGUAAGUCCAGCCUGUCUCACCUCGUCAGUCAUCCUGCAGGAGGAAACGUCGCCGUCAUCGCAGUGGGUGGAGCCCCGGAAGCUCUGGACGCUCGACCAGGAGCUUUAAAACUACAGGUCCUGAACAGGAAGGGCUUCAUCAAAUUGGCUCUCAAACACGGAGCUCAGCUGGUCCCGGUCUUUUCCUUUGGAGAAAACGAGUUGUUUGAUCAGAUGGAGAAUCCCAGCGGCUCGUCUCUGAGGAGGCUGCAGAACCGGCUGCAGAGCAUCAUGGGAGUGGCAAUGCCACUGUUUCACGCCAGAGGAGUUUUCCAGUACAGCUUUGGUCUGAUGCCCUACAGGAAGCCCAUCCACACUGUCGUGGGAGGGCCGAUCUCAGUGGUCCAGACUCCCAGUCCCAGCAGAGAGGACAUCGAGUGUCUCCAUAAAGUUUACCUGCAGAGUCUCACUGAGCUGUUUGAGCAGCACAAACACACCUACGGCCUCCAGGAGCACCAGCACCUUACCUUCAUAUGACCUUCACAUGACCUUCAUUUCACCUUUAUAUGACCUUUAUCUCACCUUUAUUUGACCUUUAUAUGAACUUCUCAUGACCUUCAUAUGACCUUCACAUAAACACCUGACCUUCAUAUCACCUUCAUCUCUCACCUUCACAUGACCUUCAUAUCACCUUCACAUGGCCUUCAUCUCACCUUUAUAUGACCUUCUCAUGACCUUCAUAUGACCGUCACAUAAACACCUGACCUUCAUAUCACCUUCAUCUUCACAUCUCACCUUCACAUGACCUUCAUAUGACUUUCCCUAUGAUGUGUACAUAAACAUUACUACAUUUCCAUGACAACAGGAGCUGGUUGAUUUGAAAGUAAAACUUUAUUUCUGUUGACGUUUAUAAUGUUUACUGUUGAACUGUUUCACUGUGUUGAAGAGCGACGUAAACAUGUUAUUGAGUAUUUGUUAUGUUUCUUUAAUAAUUACAUGAUGAUGUAACAUUGACAGCUUGGUCAUGCAGAGGUCUAAUGUGAUAUCACAGUGACAAUAAAAGAUCCAAAUGAAA